CGAUUGCUCAACAGCUUCAUAAUUUGCAUGAUUUCAAAGACUGAAUUAAAAAAAUUGAUUAUAGUAACUAACUGAGAGAACUGUCAUUUCCAAUGGACAAAAGAGUGCAGGGGGGAGCAGCUCCCAGAAUUCAGACGGGUAUCCCUGGGCUGAACGGCAGGGAAGAGCUGGCGCUUUUCAUUUGCAUUCUCUGUCUUUAUGCUCCAAACAUAACGCGUGCUGUAACACUGAACUGCUCCCAGCCUGAUGCUAAAUCGCUCUACGUGGAAAUAGAAAAGACAUUCUACCUAAGCGCCGUCCGUCCCGUGUACAGCCUGAAGACACCCACCAAUGUCACUCUCUCAGUAACACUCUAUAGUAUCCUCGGGGUGGAUGAAAAGACACAGAUAUUAACGACUUACCUUUGGCUUAACCUGGAAUGGUACGUUGAGUUUCUGAGCUGGGACCCUGUGCAGUGUGGAACAGCAGUGAUCACUCUUCCCAGGAAGAAGCUUUGGGUGCCAGAUAUUGGUAUUAAUGAGUGCAUGGAUGGUGACACUUCCCCCAAAACCACAUACGUGUACCUGUACUCCUCUGGACUGGUAUCUGACAGCCGGCCAGUGAGAGCCAUCAGCUCCUGUAACCUGGACAUCUACACCUUUCCGUUUGAUGUCCAGAACUGCUCGUUGACCUUUAAUUCCUACACGCACCUUGAUUAUGACCUUCGGGUGGAUAUGGGCAUUUCAGGCGAGGAGACACUGAGAUAUUCCAAGCUGGUGAUGACGACUAUUGGGGAGUGGGAACUACUAGACAUCAAAGCUAUUAAAGUUACUCAAUACAAUUUUUCCAAUGAAACUUAUGACACAAUUGUCUACCAUAUCGUCAUGAGACGCAGGCCCACCAUGUAUGUGGUGAACCUCCUGAUCCCCAGCUGCUUCCUCAUGAUCGUGGACCUCUUAAGCUUUCUUCUGCCACCAGAGGCUGUAGACCGUGCCACCUUCAAGAUGACCAUCAUCUUGGGCUACACUGUAUUCCUGCUCAUCAUGAAUGAUUUGCUACCUAUUACCGGAAAUAGACUUCCACUCCUUAAUGUCGUCUUCUCUGUCUGCCUGGCUUUGAUGGUAGCAAGCCUUCUGGAGACUAUCAUCAUUACCAAAAUCCUGUGCAAAUCCAACCACUCUGCAGUACCUCACUGGGUCCAGAUCCUCGUUUUUAAAUACCUGGCCUGGCUUGUUCGCUUUCCCCAGAAACUGGGUGAUCAGGUGACAGAUACCCACUCCACUACUACUGAGGCUUCCUCAGCCUUUUUCAUUUCGCAUGAUGCCAUGAAAUUAGUGGAGCCAGCAAAGGAUACUGAGGCCCAGGACAGGACAAGACUGGCGGGUCCAGCUGUAGAGGAGCUGAAGAAACUGAGUCAGGACCUUCUAGCCAUUCGCAGUCACGCAGAGGAACACCUCCCAGACUACCGCGCUGAUGACUUGUGGACCCAGAUUGGACACAUCAUCGAUCGGUUUCUGUUUAUCCUCUAUCUCCUCUUCAUUUCUUUUAGUAUUAUCACUUUUACUGUUUUUUGGGUGAUAUGGUCUUCCCAGUAGAUUGCCAUCGUAUGUCAAAAUCCAGUCUAUCUUAAUUGCAGGAUUUACAUGUACUCGUUCAGCAAUUCAGUUGCAUUAUUUUGGUUUUCCUGUAAUUGGUGUCAUUCUGACAGCGGCUCUAUGACAGCUUUCUCGAUGUUGUUUUCGAAAAAAGUGAUGUAAUAUUCACCCUCAUAAAUAACCCUCUGGAAUCUAGAAAAUAGUUUUAUGCCAUCUCUUAGCUGGGUAUUUGGGCUUUUAGCUCACUGAACUGAUUUUACUUCCGGGGGACAUGGAAGUGUGGUCAUUAAUGACAAAUUAGUUUAAAGAUACACGUG